CCCGGGAGUUUAAUCCAGCCCCCAAAAUCACUGGGGCAGCGCGGUUUGGGCUCGGGGGCGGUGGCAGCGGGGCCCGGGCGGGGUCUUGGAGGCGGCUCCGCGGUCAGCACGGACCCCGCCCGGCGACAGGGCCGGGUGCCCGCGGCACCGCGGGUGUGUCCCGGUGUCCCGGUGUCCCCGCCCGCCCGGCAGUGACGCGCUGCCUUGGCAGGGAGGAGCCUCCGCCCUCCCUCCCGCCAUCGCCAAACUUUCCCGGGGCUCCGCCGCCGCCGCCUCCCCGGCGCUGAGCCCCGGAGCACCCGCGGCCGAGCCAGGGAGCGGGGACAGCGCGGCCGCACCGCCCAGCGCCGCUGUCACCGCCGUGCCGCCGCCGUGUCGCCGCGGCCAUCGCGGGGCUCUCGGGAGGACGGGGCAGAGCGGCGAGGGGCGGCCGCAGGCGGCGGAGCCGGCGCCCAUGUGCCCGCGGUCGCGGCGGGGCGAUGAAGCCGCGAUGAGCGCGGCGGGCGGGGGCGGCCUGCGGCCCUGGAAGCCGGACCCGGGGCAGGCGGGCGGGGGGCGGCCCGGGCCGGGCCCGCGGCUGCCGCUGACCCUCAGCGUGCUGGCCUGGCUGGGCACCGGCACCACCAUGGCCGGCCUCAACAAGUGGAUCUUCGCGGCGCACGGGUUCCGCUACCCGCUGCUGCUCUCGGCGCUGCACAUGCUGUCCGGCGCGGCCGUGGGGUACCCGCUGGGCUGGGCGCGGCCGCCGGGCCCGCGGCCCCGCGCCAGGAUCUACCUGCUCAGCCUCACCUUCUGCACCAGCGUGGCCCUGGGCAACCUGGGCCUGAGCUACGUGCAGCUGGACGUGGCCCAGGCCGUGGCCACCACCACGCCGCUGGUGACGCUGGUGCUGGGGCUGCUGUGGGGCCGGCGGCCGCGCCCGCUGCAGUUCUGGGCCAUGGGGCCGGUGUGUGCCGGGGCCGCCUGCAGCAUCGCCGGCGGCCUCUGCUUCUCCCAGCCCGGCUGCGGCUUCCUGCUGGCCGCCACCGUGCUCCGCGCCCUCAAGUCCAUCCAGCAGAGUGUGCUGCUGCAGGAGGACGGUCUGGACGCGCUGUCCCUGCUGGGCCUGACGUCGCUGCCCAGCUUCGUGCUGCUGUUCGGGGCGGCCGUGGCGCUGGAGCUGGGCCCGGCGUGGCAGGGCGUGCUGCGCCCCGACGCCGCGCUCUGGGGCUGCGUCCUGCUCAGCUGCCUGGGCUCCGUGCUCUACAACCUGGCCACCUCCUGCCUGCUGUCCCUCACCUCGGCGCUCACGCUGCACCUGCUGGGCAGCCUCACCGUGGUGGGCAACCUGCUGCUGUCGCGGCUGCUGUUCGGCACGCGGCUGGGCGCGCUGGGCUACGCGGGCGUGGCGCUGACGCUGGCCGGGAUGGUGCUGUACCACCAGCCCCGGCUCCUGGCCGCCUGCCGGGGGCUGCGGGGGCUGCGGCGGCACCAGUAGGGACUGGGGAGGGAGUCAGGGCCAGGAGGGUCUGGGGGAGCCAGGUGUGUCUGUACAUGCACUGUCUGUGUGUGUGAGUCUGCACAUGCAGUGCCAGGUGUGUGUGAGUCUGCACAUGCAGUGCCAGGUGUGUCUGCACAUGCAGUGCCAGGUGUGUCUGCACAUGCACUGUCUGUGUGUGUGAGUCUGCACAUGCAGUGCCUGUGUGUGUGAGUCUGCACAUGCAGUGUCUGUGUGUGUGAGUCUGCACAUGCAGUGCCAGGUGUGUCUGCACAUGCACUGUCUGUGUGUGUGAGUCUGCACAUGCAGUGCCAGGUGUGUCUGCACAUGCUGUGCCAGGUGUGUCUGCACAUGCAGUGCCUGUGUGUGUGAGUCUGCACAUGCAGUGCCUGUGUGUGUGAGUCUGCACAUGCUGUGCCAGGUGUGUGUGUGUCUGCACAUGCUGUGCCUGUGUGUGAGAGUCUGCACAUGCUGUGCCAGGUGUGUGUGAGUCUGCACAUGCUGUGCCUGUGUGUGUGAGUCUGCACAUGCUGUGCCAGGUGUGUCUGCACAUGCAGUGUCUGUGUGUGUGAGUCUGCACAUGCAGUGUCUGUGUGUGUGAGUCUGCACAUGCAGUGCCAGGUGUGUCUGCACAUGCUGUGCCUGUGUGUGUCUGCACAUGCUGUGCCUGUGUGUGAGAGUCUGCACAUGCACUGUCUGUGUGUGUGAGUCUGCACAUGCAGUGCCAGGUGUGUCUGCACAUGCAGUGUCUGUGUGUGUGAGUCUGCACAUGCUGUGCCAGGUGUGUCUGCACAUGCAGUGCCAGGUGUGUCUGCACAUGCAGUGUCUGUGUGUGUGAGUCUGCACAUGCUGUGCCAGGUGUGUCUGUACAUGCAGUGUCUGUGUGUGUGAGUCUGCACAUGCAGUGCCAGGUGUGUGUGAGUCUGCACAUGCUGUGCCAGGUGUGUCUGCACAUGCAGUGUCUGUGUGUGUGAGUCUGCACAUGCAGUGCCAGGUGUGUGUGUGUCUGCACAUGCAGUGCCAGGUGUGUGUGAGUCUGCACAUGCUGUGCCAGGUGUGUCUGCACAUGCAGUGUCUGUGUGUGUGAGUCUGCACAUGCUGUGCCAGGUGUGUCUGCACAUGCUGUGUCAGGUGUGAGUCUGCACAUGCUGUGCCUGUGGCUGUGACUCUGUGUGUGUGUGUGUCAGUGUGCAUGGCUCUGUGUGCACACAGGAGCACACACGUGUCAGUGUGCAUGGCUGUGUGCACACAGGUGCUGAGGAGCACACACGUGUCAGUGUGCACAGCUCUGUGUGCACGUGUGGUUUCUGGUGUGCCCAGAUGUGAGUGUACACGUCCUGCUUUGCACAGUGUACGUGUGCUGGUGUGCACAGCCCUGUGCACGUGGAUGUGCUGAUGUGCACACGUGCUGUGUGCACAGCUGUGUGCAUGUGUGUUGGAUUGCACAUGGUGUGAGUGGGUCUGUGGGUAUGCAGAGGCUCUGCCAGUGUGGGCCUGGCUCUGUGUGGACAUACAUGCGUGUGUUGAUGUGUAUGACGCUGCACACAUUGGUGUGCACAGCUCUGUAUGCACCUUGGUGUGCACAGGUUCUAGCUGCAGGCAGGUCAGUGCUCGUGGGCACGUGUGCAUCGGUACAGACUGUCCAUAGGUGAGUGUCUGUGUGGCACAGGUGUGCGCAGCUCUGUGUGUGUGCUGCUGACAGGUACUGUAACCAGGGCUCUGUGCAGGUGAGCAGUACCUGUGUGUGUGCACUGGCUCUGCACGUGGCACACCCAGGGACGUGGCUCUGGAUACACAGCUCUGUGCAUCCAGCUGCUGUCCCACCUGGGAAAACAGCUGUCUGUCUGUCUGUCUGUGUGUCACUAUGAGCUCUGCUGGCUGGAGUGGCCCCUGGCUCUCUGUGUACACUCUGUUCUCGUGGAUGACCUGAACGCCCAGGACAGGGCGGGCACAUGUCCCCUCUCCUGUCCCCGUCCCCACCGUGUCAUGACAAUCCCAGGGGCUGCUGGUGGUGCUGCCAGUGUUGUCUUUGUCCCCACAUGCCCCUCAGCCCCCACAGCUGUCCCCACCCCUCCCAGCUCUGCAGACUGGCAUCCGUGGCAGAGAUGGUGCGAGCCCAGCCGAGGGGACGGGAGCAGCCCGGAGCAGCUGCCGUCGCUCCAGGGCAGGGCUGGGCCGUGACACGGGACAGUGCUGGGCUGUGACACAGCACAUGCUCACCACGGCAAAGGGACAGCCGGUGUGUGUGCCUGGCACCUCUGCUGGGGUCCGGGGUGGCCGUUGCCACACUUGUAUCUCCACGCCAGGGCCGAAGGACCCAGCUCUGAUUGCACUUGUCCCAAAAUAAAGCUCUAUUUUUGUUGUACUCCA